CCCGCCAUUUUGGGUGUGCUGCUCCCUGUAGGGCAGGGUGGGCGGGCAGCGUCAUGGGGGGUGGUCAGCGGGGGGUCCCGCUCCUAAGUGCCCUCCUCAGCCGGCUGUGGGCCGCCGGGGCUCGUUAACCGUGUGAGCUGUGUGGGGUUUCAGUGCUGUGCGAUCCUAUGAAUUCCAAAAUGAAACAAAAGUUGAAUGCGGACAAGUCAUCAGGAUCUUUGCAGAAAUACUUCACAGACGCUGCAUGCAGUGCUGCCCCAAGACAGACUCUUAAAAUGAUUCAGCCUUCAGCAAAAGGUUGCCUGGUUGGCAGAGGUAAAGAGAAGAAAUCUUCAGUCAAAAGGAAACUCUGGAAUAACAAGUUUACUUCCUCAACUUGUAAAGCUGAGGUGCCUGUGGACAAAGAGCAAGAAAACGAAAAUAUAGAUGAUGUCAUUCAAGCCGUAGAUCUCAUUAAAAAAAGUCCUUCAUCUCAAUACUGGAAAGAAGUGGCUGAGGAAAGGAGGAAGGCUCUGUAUGAAGUUCUUCAAGAAAAUGAAAAGUUGCACAAAGAAAUUGAACAAAAAGAUGGUGAAAUCGCCCGCCUAAAGGAAGAGAACGAAGAACUAAUGUCACUGGCUGAACAUGUGCAUUAUAUGACCAGCAUGAUUGAGAGGUUAACAGGGCAAGAAACCGACAAUCUCGAGACAUUGAAAAGUCUGGCUUUAGAGGAAUCCAAACAAGAAUAUGAAGAAUUUAACCCAGGAGAUGAUGCAGACAGUACUUCUGAAGAAGGGCCAUUGCAAGAAUCAUGUGGUUUAAGGAAGAGUAUAUCAGACAGUACUUCAAGUGAAGCGAAUUACUGACAGCUGGAGUGAUGACCUUAAAUAGGCUUGUGUAUAUGCCUUCUUAUAACUGCAGACUUCCCCUUGAAAGGAUAUACUAAAACUUUUCAGGUAUAGAAGCUUGUGAGAGCAUUGCAGAUAGUGGUUUUUUAACUGGAAUUAUGUAGCAGUGAGUAUUUGUAUACUGCUUGUAAAGCUUGUUACAGGCUGCAGUUAAUUGCUUGUUUAAAGUCCAAAUACUGUGUAUUUUGAACUGUUGUGUAAAUAUCAUUUGGUCUGACAUGACAUGUGAAAACUGAUAAAUAAAUCUUUACCUUAC